AUGGAAACCUCCAAUUUAAUUGAAUCAAGAACCUUGAAAAUGAGCCAGGACUUUCCUAUAAGAUGCAGCCAGGUCCCAGGGCCCCCAGACAUCGCCCUCUCGGCCUGCCAGGUGGAUCUGCAGCCGGGGCCGUGCUCGGGGGGCAGCUGUGCAGCAGCCAGGGUGACAGUGACAGCCGUGACCGACUUCGCGCAGGACGGGAACCGCGUCAGCCGCCUCAGCGCCCGCCCGGCUGCGCCAGGGGAUGUGCUCUGGAGGGCCUACACACCCAGGGAUGUGAAGGUCACAGUUCGAGACCUCCCAACAGGGAACUGCUACUCUUUCACUGAUCCACACAUUAUCACAUUUGAUGGAUGGCGCUACGACAGCCAUAAAAUCGGGACGUUCCUGCUGAGCCGCAGCGAGUCGCGGGCGUUCGAGGUGCACAUCCGCCAGUGGGACUGUGGCGGCCACCGCUCCGCCACCGCCUGCAACUGCGGCGUGGCUGCACGAGAAGGGGGUGACACCGUGGUGCUGGACACCUGCAAUGGCCACUUGCAGCACAGCAGACCCCAGCUGACCGUCAAGAGCACCGAGGCAUUGCCACAAGUCAAGAUCCUGAAGUCUUACGGAGGCAGGAAAAUAACAAUCCUGUUCCCUUCUGGGGCAUUUGUUCGAGCAGACCUGAGUGAGAGGGGAAUGGGAGUGACAGUGAGGACACCGGGCAGGGACUUCAACAGCACCCGGGGCUUGUGCGGCCUCUUUGAUGGGAUGGCUCACAACGACCUCAACAACGUGCCUGAGGAAGACUUCGUAGAGCAGUGGAGAAUUCCUCCAGGGAAGAGUUUAUUUGACAAGACUCCAGCACCCUCUGAGAGGAAGCAAAGGAAAAGUUUCUGCAGAUGCCAGAAGGAGAGCACCAAGCCUGUGCCCAUGGCAAACACAAAAUUUGCCUUUCAGACUCCUUCCCCUGAGCCCUCUGGUUGCCAUCAUGACCAUGUGGACCACAGCUUUGCAAUCCCAUAUCUGGAUGUUACAUCUGAGUUUGUCACUCAUGCAGAAGCAGAGCCAACUUUGAGAAAAGAUGGGAAACCACCUACCAAGACUUUUGGUCAAAGAUAUUUUUCUAAAUCGGUCCAAAAGCGAAGAAGCCCUGAGGUACCAUUAAAGCCUCUCCCACACAAUAUUUCCUUGAAUAGCCACAGCUCCAUUGACUCUACCAAACCAACAGGAGACCUAAGGAAAGCAAAAAGGCAAGACAAGUAUUAUAAAGACUCAUCCUUUCACUCAGUGCAUGGCCCAGCCCAGAGACACUCUGAGAGCUUCGCGUAUUUUUUCCCUGAGGAUUAUUUUGAAGGGGUUCGGAUGAAAAUUCCACUGUCAUGGCCCACUCCCAAUGGCCUGACUGCCAUCAAAGCUCGGGAGAUUUGCCACCAAAUUCUUGCAAAAUCCACCAUUGGCUUGGCAUGCAAAGGCCUCCUGGCCAAACACCUGGAUGAGGCAAUUGAUAUUUGCCUGUUGGACCUGCAGCUCAAAGAUGACGUGGCUUGGGCGAGGCCACUGGUCGCCCUUUUAGAAAAUGAGUGUGAAAGGAGAGUGCUGGGGAGCAGGAAGGGAGAGUUCCCUGUUGGAAACCAGCCCUCUGGUGUCUGGAAGGAGAUCCUCACUGCUCUCCAGUGUCCCUGCACGGAGCUGGGCUGCCCGUGCCCUGCAGGCCGCAGCUCCCACCACUGCAGCUCUGACAAAAAGCCAACUUUGGAAAUCACAGCCCUGGAGAACGGGGGUCUCUGCGACGUCCGCGCCUCGGCGUGCAGCAGGAUCCGGGUGUUUGGCCUCGGCUUCAGAGACUCCCCCAGCCUGCACUGCCAGGUCACCAGGCUAAUUCAUCUCAAUGGCGAAUGGCUAUCAAGAGAAGAAGAAAGCACAAAAGCAGAUUUCCUGAGUUCUGAGGCUGUGGACUGCCAGAUCCCACUCCUGAACAUCACAGAGGCUGUGCACUUCGUGGCCGGUGACGAGCCGUUCGCAAGAUGGCAAGUGAAAGUCACUAACGACGGCGUGCAGUACAGUAACUCGCAGGUGCUGACCCUGUACGACGCGCUCUGCCAGCUCUGCCAAUUCCACCCCACCGCACUCUGCAAAUUAAAGGAAAAUACAUGCAAUAUAGAUGGACUUUGCUAUGGUGAAGGAGAGUCAAGUCCUACAAGCCCUUGUCUUCUCUGUGAACCUGACAUUUCUAAGUUCACCUGGUCUGUUAAUGAAAACAACCUGCCUCCUGUGUUCCAGGCCCCCUCCAGCCAGCUGCUGACAUUUAUUGGUGAGAAUUUUGUUUACCAGCUAAUAGCGGUGGAUCCAGAAGGGUCGGCUGUGCUAUUCAUCUUGGAGGCUGGGCCACGGGAUGCCAGGCUCUCCCCUGCUGGCCUGCUCCUCUGGAAAGUGGAUUCAGAAGAAAUGCAGACCUUUGAAUUCGCUGUGUCAGAUGAGUGCAAUGCACAGAGCAGGUACUCCAUUGAGGUUGGAGUGAAGCCCUGCAGCUGCCUCAAUGGUGGCACCUGUGUCACCAAUAUCAAAUACCCUCCAGGCCUUGGUGAAUACCUGUGCUUGUGCCCAAAUGGAUUUGAUGGAGAAUUCUGCCAGGAGGACACCAGGGACUGCAAAUCAAACCCCUGUGGCAGUGGGACCUGCGUGGACAGCAUGGGGAGCUACUUUUGUCAAUGCCCCCCUGGUUUGGGAGGGCUCACUUGUCAGGAAGACAAGAAUGAAUGUGAAGAGGGUCUUUGUUUUCCUGGAGUGUCUUGUAUGAAUACCUUUGGAUCUUAUGCAUGUGGAAUUUGCCCCACUGGGAUGGAGGGAGAUGGUAAAACUUGCAAAUGUAAGUGUUUUACAUUAUUUAUUUUAAAAGACUGGGGGGGGAUGAGUUCAAUUCUACUACUAUUUUCCCUAAUUGAGUAUUUUGCCACUCACUUCAAGUACAGACCCUUAAAUGUACAAAUCAGACUAUUGUCAUGUUAUAUUAAUGUGGAUAUUUGCAAAUUGCUCUGCUAUUUUUCAUUCUGGUGGAGAAGGAGCACCACAGCCUACAAAAGAGCAGUGUGUGCUGAGCUGCCCUGUUUCACGGGUGUGGAGUGCCAGCCAGCUGAGGAUGGAGAGCUUCAGUGUGGUCCUUGUCCCCCUGGAUACAGUGGUGAUGGAAUUACAUGUGAAGCUCAGUGUGAGCCCCUGUGUGAGCAUGGAGGAACUUGCCUGCCUCACAACACCUGUUCCUGUGCUUAUGGAUUCGUAGGGCCUCGGUGUGAAACAAGGGUGUGCAGCAGGCACUGUCACAACGGGGGCGUGUGUGUGUCACCAGACGAGUGCCAGUGCAGGCAGGGCUGGAGCAGCCCCUCCUGUGACACAGCUGUGUGCAAUCCUGUGUGCCUGAAUGGAGGAGUUUGUGUACGGCCAAACACGUGCUCCUGUCCUUCUGGUUUCUAUGGGCCACAGUGCCAGAGAGCUGUUUGCAUCCCACCCUGUAAGAAUGGUGGCCACUGUGUCCGGACCAACGUCUGCUCCUGUGCCCGGGGCUACACGGGAAGGAGGUGCCAGAAAAGUGUGUGUGAGCCCUCGUGCGUGAAUGGGGGGAGAUGUGUCCACCCCAAUGUCUGUGACUGCCCGUCUGGCUGGAGGGGAAAGCACUGCAGCAAACCUGUUUGCCUGCACAGGUGUCUCCAUGGAGGGGAGUGUGUGGGUCCCAACAUCUGCCAGUGCCCUGCAGGAUGGGUGGGAACGCUCUGCCAGACCCCUCUCAAUAGGAUGAAGAGAACAACAGGACAAUGAAGACAAUCAUUUGGGUAUUGAUAAUCUGACCGAGUGCAUUUUUCAUUUGGGAAGAUGCAGUGUGGAGAAAUUGCUAGUUCUCUCCCUUUUAUCCUUAUAUAA